UAAGAGUCACACUGCUAUAUAUUUAUGUGCUCCAUGGUUCACUUUGGGAAGCCAAGUUAUAGAAGAAACUCCUUUCACUUUUUAUCCCCUCCCCACCCUCCUCAACUAAUCACACACACCGCCGCCACCUCGGCCGCCUGCUGCGGCCACCACUGCCACAAAUAUUGCUUCAGUCUUUGUCCACAUAUAAUAUAUAGUGGUUAGCUCUAGUGGACGUGCAAUCUUCCUGCAGAGCAGAGAUGUCUGAAACUCAUCAUGAGACUGUUCUUGCUUACCCCGUACAACCCAAUCAACAGUCUGUCCUCCAACUCACUGUAUAUCCUAUUACUUUAAAGUUUGAGGAGGUUGUAUACAAAGUUAAACUCGAGCAGAAAGGAUCGUGCUGUGGGGGUACAUGGGCCACUAAAGAAAAGACUAUAUUGAAUGGAAUAACUGGAAUGGUUUGUCCAGGUGAGAUCCUUGCAAUGUUGGGUCCGUCAGGCAGUGGCAAAACCACUCUCCUUACUGCUCUAGGUGGCCGUCUCAACGGUAAGCUAUCUGGCAAGAUCACAUACAAUGGCCAGCCUUUUUCUGGUGCCACAAAGAGGCGGACAGGAUUCGUUCCUCAGGAUGACAUAUUAUACCCACAUCUAACUGUAACAGAAACCCUUCUAUUCACAGCACUUUUAAGGCUACCAAAAACCUUAACUAAGGAUGAGAAAUUACAGCAUGUGCAGCGAAUCAUAGCUGAACUCGGACUGACUCGGUGCCAAAAUAGCAUGAUAGGAGGACCCCUCUUUAGAGGAAUAUCAGGAGGGGAAAAGAAGAGAGUGAGUAUAGGUCAAGAAAUGCUAAUCAAUCCAAGUUUGCUACUGCUGGAUGAACCCACAUCAGGUUUGGACUCAACCACUGCUCAGAGGAUCAUAACAAUCAUUAAAAGGCUUGCUAGUGGAGGAAGAACUGUUGUCACCACCAUUCAUCAGCCAUCAAGCAGACUUUACCAUAUGUUUGAUAAGGUGAUCUUGCUCUCAGAAGGCAGCCCUAUUUAUUAUGGUUCUGCAUCUUCAGCCUUGGAUUACUUUUCCUCAAUUGGUUUCUCAACAUCCAUGACUAUUAAUCCAGCUGAUCUCUUACUUGACCUCGCCAAUGGCAUUGCCCCUGAUUCUAAAACUACAACCGAGCAAGGAGAGAACACGGAACAAGAACAGAAGUUGGUGAAGGAAACUCUCAUUUCUGCUUUUGAGAAGAACAUUUCUACAAGACUUAAAGCUGAGCUUUGCAGUACGGAUGCCAAUAGCUACAAUUACACCAAAGAUGGCUUAGCAAGAACUGAUACAAAGUCAGAACAAUGGUGCACUAGCUGGUGGCAUCAGUUCAAGGUGUUAUUUCAGCGAGGAUUAAGAGAGAGAAGGUAUGAAUCUUUCAACAGGCUAAGGAUUUUCCAAGUUACCAGCGUGGCUAUACUUGGUGGACUUCUUUGGUGGCGCACGCCAGCUUCUCACAUCCAAGACCGCAUUGCAUUGCUAUUCUUCUUCUCAGUGUUCUGGGGCUUUUACCCGCUCUACAAUGCAGUAUUUACAUUUCCUCAAGAAAGAAGGAUGCUGAUCAAGGAAAGAGCAUCUGGAAUGUAUCAUCUUUCGUCUUACUUCUUGGCCAGGACAUUUGGGGACCUACCACUAGAGCUUGCACUCCCAACUGCAUUUGUUUUCAUAAUCUACUGGAUGGGAGGGCUAAAGGCUGAUCCCAUUACUUUCAUCCUUUCACUGCUUGUGGUUCUGUACAAUGUCCUUGUUUCCCAAAGUCUUGGACUGGCUCUUGGUGCUAUACUCAUGGACAUCAAACAAGCAACUACAUUAGCUUCAGUUACAACUCUGGUUUUCCUCAUAGCAGGAGGGUACUAUGUUCAACAGAUUCCUUCUUUUAUAGUGUGGCUUAAGUAUGUAAGUUACAGCUACUACUGUUACAAGCUUCUUCUUGGUGUUCAGUACCGUGAAGAUGAUUAUUAUGAGUGCUCAAAGGGAGUCCUGUGCCGGGUCGGAGAUUUUCCUGCUGUUAAAUCAAUGGGGCUGAAUCAUUUGUGGAUUGAUGUGUGUAUUAUGGCCUUGAUGUUGGUGGGUUAUCGACUCAUUGCCUAUUUAGCACUGAGUAGAGUGCAGCUGAGGUAGAAACCUAAUUAAAGCAGAAGCAGAAUUGUCCAUUUUCAAGAAACAAGAUAGAGUUUGAAGAGUUUUCUCCUUCUUCAACUGAGGAAUAAUUAAUUAAUAAUGUUAGAUUGAGCUGGGAAUCAGGUUGUGAGAGAUUUUUAUCAACUUCCCCAACUGAUGAGUUCAUAUGCAGUGACUUUUUUUUUU